CACAGCACCAGAAGACGAUGCUCCAAAUAGAUAUUCCCGAACAGACAGGACAACUUACAGCAGAUACAGCAGGGAUGCAAAUUCUUCUGGCAGUUCCAUACCAAGUAAUGCUUUGGAAAAGAGGAUUGAGGAACUUGAAAGGGAACUUGCAAAGGAGAGACAGGAAAACAUGAGAUUAAUGAAGAUGACCCAGGACAAAGAGGAACUAAUCGGAAAGCUGAGGGAAGAAAUUGAUUUACUAAACAGAGAUCUAGAUGAUAUAGAAGAUGAAAACGAACAAUUGAAGCAAGAAAAUAAAACCCUCUUAAAAGUUGUUGGACAGCUGACAAGGUAGAAGAUUCAAGCCUCAAUGAGGAAAGAUUUAAAAACUACUGAUUGAACGUUAAGGUCAAUAUAGUAAUACUUCCUGUGUUGCAGUAUGUUAUAAUAACUGUCUUUAUAUUUAUUGUUAGGAAACCAGAUGAAUGUUUAUUUUCAUAGU